GUGGUAGAAUACUAAAUUCUGGGGAGAGGCCUCUCUUUCAAGGGAGCAGAGCACCCGGAAGGGAGAAGCCAUACAGUCCCCUCCCAUGUCCAAGAUGAUAAGGGCCCCUGGGGUUUCCAGCCAGGAAGCUGGGAGCACCAGGCCACACACACUGCCCCAUUGUGCACCUGCCACCAGAGGGACCGCAGCCAAGGCAAGAUGAUGUUGCAGCAGGGUGCUAAGCCCUGGGCUCAAGUGCUGGGGGCAGCAGUGUAAGAGAUCUGGUCCCUCCUCUGAGCAGCUCCUGAUAUCAUUAGCCUUUCCAGCCAGAGAGGGAGGGGAGUCCCAGGAAAUGGCUCUGGAGGUCAGAUAAGCUUAAGAAGCGGGGUAGCUGGCAGGAGAGAGAGCAGGUGGAGCUUUGCCCUCCUACAUGAAAGGAGCCAGAGAGAGGAAGGGCCUACUGGCGGUAGGCUGAGAGGGGCUCCCAGAGGGUCCCAGGACAGAAUAGAGGUCACCAUGCUGCUCUGCCUCACCCUGCUUUUCCUGAUGGGGCUGUCUGCAUGCGCUGUGGCAGGUGACCAGGAACUGGCUCUCGGUGCUGAAGCAGGGGCCUGGGUAACCGUGUCCCUGGAGGAAGGCAUCAUCCCCAGCAUUCAGCUCCAGCUUCAGGAGGUGAAGAGGGGCAAAGCAAGCCAGUUCUUCGGGCUGAUGGGGAAGCAGGUAGGAGGAAUACCUCCUAUCCAGCCAGAGAGAAUGGGGUAUCAGCGAGGAAAAAUGGUCCGGGACCUCCUGGGCAGGGGAGGCCCAUCUACAGAGGGUAGGUUAAGAGCCUCUAGUGGAGCGGCAAAGGCAGCAUGAGAAGGUGACCGGACACUCCAUAGUGGGGGUCAAGCAGUUGGACAGACAGAACAGGCUCCCCCAAGCCAUUAGGCAGAGGCCCCAUGGAAGAGAGCAGUCAAGGUGCAGAGAGGUGGUCCCUCUGUGACCCCAGUCUGACACAGCCGCAGCUCUGAAGCCGCACACUCUGCUCCCUGCUCCGGGCCAGCUGAAGCCAGAGUGAUGUGUGGUUUUACAGCCCCCAGAACAUCCCCCUUAUUCCCUAACACUGAUCCUUACAAAGUCCUGCCUUUAGUCUUAAGAUGUUUUCUGUCUUCAUUAAUUGUCAGUCACCCUGGGCAGAGUAACACCCUAAGCAGCUACCAGCUAACACUUUCUAGCAGGUGCCAUAAUCCCAAAUGGGUCCCAGGGUACACUCAGUAAAUGAAUGAACAGGCAUAAAAGUAGGUAAGUAAAUGAGGCCGGGGUGGGGGGUCAAAAGCUCAGCCGGCCAGCCUAAGAGAAAGGGCCAUCCCAGCUGGCCAAAGAUCCUGAGCUCGUUUGCCUUCUGGGAUGUCUGACCUCUUCCACAAGAGCUGCACCCCCAUAACUGGACCCCUCUCUAGUUUCCCUGGUAGAACCCACUCCUUCCAAUAUAAAUUUUGGAAAUAAAGAUGGCCAAGUCCUCUAUUUUCCCUGGAGAUUUUUUUUCUAAGUGUUUGAGCCUUUCCAUUUGAAGGGCCAUGAAGUCACCCCAAUACCAAACUGGAAAUGAAUGUCCCUCCAUACAGUGUGGACAGGAACCUUAGAAGUUGUCAUUUUUCAGGGAUGGAAAGCAACUUGCCCAAAGUCACACCAUGAGCUGGUAAUACAGCCAGGACUAAAAGCUGUGUCUCCUGUCCCCAGCACUUCCCAUGUCCCCGUCCCCAGGGGAGCCUCAGGGAUUCUGAAUACUGGAUUACCACUUCUCUUCCUUUAGAGAGGGUAACUGAGGGUAGGUUCUUCCAGGCUCUGCAGGCAUUUACGAUUGAAUAAUGGAAGAUAUGAUAUGGCAGGUGGACAUGUAAUUUGAUUGCCCUAGGUAUCUACAGCCAGAAAAAACAUGAGUCAGUUAGGAAAUGGAGGGCCUUGAGGAACGACUAGGUAAGUCCUCUGGGGGUGGAGGAGCCACACAAGACUCCCCUGACCACGGCCCUUGUACAGAACUCUUCCCAGGCAGAGAGGAUGAGGACCACGGGUCGGAGUGACAGCCCCCACCGCAUGCUCCCCCAAGGAUGAAGCCUCCUUUCUCCCCACCUGGACGUUACAGCUGACCAGCCGGCCACACCAGCUCUCCUCUCCAUGUGUCUCCUGUGCUCAACAUUGGCGUGUUCCACCAGGCCCUCACUGAACUCACUGGGGUUUCUCCCAGGCCCCUCAGUCUGAAGCAGCGGUCAUGCCUAAUAGCACUGUUGGUACAGCUGUGAGCUGCAGUGACCUUGCUCUCCCUGGGCACUCAGCUCCCAGCUCACUGCAGAGCCGGAGCGAGCCUCACCUACUUCUCUAUCUCCUGUGCCUGGAACACAGCAGGGGCUCAAUAAACAAACACACAGUGAAUGGUUUCUUCUCUGGUACAGGGAAGAGGGUAGGAACGGCCUGGCGUGACAUCAGGUGGGAAAACAGGCUUGGGUCACAGGCAAGGGUAACAGUCCCAGUCUGAGAGCAGACACCCUCUCCCUACCCAGUCAUGAUUUCAAGGACCCAAAUCCACUAUCUUCUAACUUGGAGGAUUGCGUCCCAGGUCCUUCAGCAAUUCUUAUGUGUUUAAGUGGCUCUUCAACCAACUGCUUUGCUUUUGGGACACAGGCAGUUGGUCAUGCCCGGAGCACUGCUCUCUGAGCUGAGCACCAGAAUGAGCUCGAGGAGUAAGUCCCUACCUGCCUCCCACCA